AGUCUCGUCCCUUCUACUUUCUCCGCAUUUCCAGUCGUUUACUUCUCAAACGCACUCUUUCACAAUGGUUGGCCACGUGGAUCCUAAGAACGGAUAUUUCAUCGGUCCCUGGGGUGAUCUCGGCUGCCCUACUCCCCAGCGUAUCGCCUCCUACUCUCUUUCCCCUAACCGUCAGCGCCCCUUGGCUGGUACCGCUCACGCUGCUUUCUUCAACACCUUCCGGAGAUUCAGACACCAGGUUCUCUACGUCGCUCCUCCUUUCAUCAUCGCCUACGCCGCCAUGAACUGGGCUAUUGAGAAGAACCACUACCUCAACUCCAAGCCUGGCCGCCUCGCUGAGGGUGGUGGUGAAGAGUAAAUAGAUAUAUAAACCGGAUGCUAUGGGUCUUGAAUCGGAGAUAAAGGGGUGGGAUUACAGUGUACAGUAACUAGAAGCAAUCGAAUGCGCAGUGUGUUCCAUUGUCUAGGUCUUUGUCUGUUGGGUUCUAUUAUGCUACGAUUCGGAUGAUUCUCCCGUGACGGUAAUCCGGGGUCAUGGAGGUGUCUCUAAGCCUUGAGAUCAGUUUAGAAUCCUAGAUCCUUGCUUAAAUCAGUAUUGAGAGGCCAAUUAUGAGGUACUAACAGCCUCAUAGAGGGGGCAAGGUGAUAUUCUGUAGGUCGGGUAGUUGACAUUGGACUUAAGAGAUGCUCCAAUCAAGCGUCUUGAAUUUGGCAUAGGAUCUGCUAGCUAUGAUUGGACAGUUAGUUACACUGCCAAAGCGCGAGACCGCCUUUUUAGAUUGCUAUACAGAGUAGGAAGGCGGUCCUUUCGCUAUUCCCCGCUAGUCAAACCUCAUGGGCUCGUCGGUUGGGAGAAGGUGGUUUUUUUGCUUCUAUAAUAUACCACCUGUAUCUCUACAAAUAAGGCUCAUUC